AUGAACACCAUGAAGCUGAGAAGCUUAAGAGAAGUAUGGAUGUGCACGGUUCGGGCACGCUGGACCUGGAUGAAUGGUUGCCGGGUGUCCUGUCAAACCGCUGAGCUGCAGCUGGAGAUCAACCGGGAGAUGUCGCGUGUCUUACGGGGCCCCUUGAGCCCUGCGCGAGCUGCGGUGGUGCGGGAGGUCUUCUCCACCUUGCGCGAUGCCGAGGGCUUCGUGGACGCUCGAGCUCUACGGGCACAUUUCGAUGCCUCAAAGCACCCGGAUGUGGAGGCCGGGCUCAAGAGCGCCCAGGAGGUUUACCAAGAGGUCAUGACGCAGAUACACAGCAGAGCGGGCAAGAUCUCUCUGGCCGACUUCGCCAAGUACUACGAGACCAUCUCUGCCGGGAUCCAAGAUGACCAGUACUUCAGCCACAUCUUGCGUCGCAGCUGGGGAUUGGCCACCAGCGCUGGUAACAUCAUGGCGCGCAAUGCGCACCGGAUGUACGAAGGGCACAUUCGCUCGACGGAGGGCGGCCUCUGUGGCCUUUGA